GAAGGUUUAGCUCGAUGCUCGGUUCGAGUGGUGUGCUCCAGAUCUCGUCUCUUCAGAUGGGACUUGGCAAACAAAACUUCCUCUGUGAAAUAAAGGAUUCAGGCUCCUACCAUGCGAGAGAGACCUCCUGAAAGACUCUUUCAUAUGGAGCCAAAGAGACUAGAGAGUGUCAGAGUUUUAAAGACAAAAUACUGCUGUCAGAAAGGUAUACAGACUUCAUACAGGAGGGACCCUUCACACAUUGGCAGCCUUUGAAUUCAGCUUUUAAAUAAAAGAUUUGUCUUCAGACAGAAAAAGUGAUGCCUUUUAUGAAUAAUAAGGCAUAAAGCAAUUUUUUUUUUUUUAUGAAACUGCCAUUCAGUGUAAAAUAAGCUGGCUCUUGAUUUAUUGAAAAGCCAAACUCAUAUUUCACCUUGGGGAAAUAACACAUCAUCCAGCUCACCAGUUUGCAGAUGCCUGAGAGACGUGGGUGUUGGUGCUGCCAAGGUUGGGAUUAGCUUUUGUGUCACAGGCCAGUCUGAGGGAAUAUAGUUCAUGUCUUGGACUACAGCUCUUAUCGGAGAUGAUGGGACGGAAGCUGAUGACGUGAAGGGUUUUGACCCCGAGGAAGUUACCGUAACUGUGAAGGACAGGAAGGUGAAGGUGUUAGCGGAGCACGAGGAAGAGCACACCACCGCAAGAGGGAAGGAGUACAACUACAGAAACAUCACGAAAGAAAUCAGCCUGCCGCUGGGGGUGAGCGAGGACGAGGUGACCUACUCACUGGGACCCAAUAGCGUCGUGAAGAUCGAAAUGGCACGCAAGAGCCACCCUUGUGUCCUGAGCCGCUGAGCCGCAGCAGGGAGCUGCACCCUGGCACAGUCGUUCCUCUGCCGCGGCCCUCCUCCCCAUCAGCUUUAGGUCUGUCCCACUAA